AUGUCUCAACCUGUUUCACUGAAGUCUGUAAACGUGAUCCCAGAUCCAAAUACUUCCACCGAAGUAUCUAACGGUUUCUGGUCAUCUAAUCCAAUUUCAAGUUUCUUUAUUGAUACAUACAAACAAAUCCACAGUCAUAGACUAUCAUUAGAACUAAUUAACCCAGGUACAGUUGAAAAUUUGAAUAAGGAAGUUUCCCGUGAUGUCUUUUUGAGCCAAUAUUUCUUCACUGGUUUUAAAGCUGAUUUAAAUAAAGCAUUUGCCUUAAAUCCUGCAUUCCAAACAUCUCAUACCUUCUCAAUUGGAUCUCAAAACUUACCAUCUUAUGCCUUCUCUGCCUUGUUUGCAGAUGAUAAUUUAUUUAUCCAAGGUAACGUUGACAAUGAUAAAUCCUUAUCCGGAAGAUUAAAUUAUGGUUGGAAUAAGAAAAAUAUCUCUAAAAUCAACUUACAAUUAUCUAAUGACCAACCUUCAAUGUGCCAAUUAGAACAAGAUUAUCAAGGUUCUGAUUUUUCAUUAAAUUUUAAGAGUUUAAAUCCUUCUUUUGCUAAUUCUAGAAAUAUCUUCACUGGUGUUGCAGUUGGUUCCUUACUUCAAAGUGUUACUCCUCAAUUAGCAUUAGGUCUGGAAUUAUUAUACUCUCGUGCUCAACCUUCAGCCCCUGCUGAUGCUGGUGUUUCAUAUUUAGCACGUUAUGUAUCCAGCAAGAAAGAUUGGGUAUUUUCAGGCCAAUUGCAAGCUAAUGGUGCUUUAGUUGCUUCUUUCUGGAGAAAAGUUUUACCAUCUGUAGAGGCUGGUAUUGAAACCAAUCUUCAAGCUGGUAUGACUCCAAUUACAGAUCCCGUUCUUGGUGCUCCAGUUGGUAUCCAGCCAACUGUUGAAGGUUCUACAACUAUUGGUGCCAAAUAUGAAUAUAGACAAUCUGUUUAUAGAGGUUCUAUUAGCUCAAACGGUAAAGUUGCUUGUUUCUUAGAAAGAAAAGUUUUGCCAACAUUAUCUAUAUUAUUUUGUGGUGAAAUUGACCAAUUCAAAAAUGAAAGCAAAUUAGGUUGCGGUCUUCAAUUCGAAACUGCUGGUAAUGAAGAAUUAUUAAUGAUGCAACAAGGUUUAGACAAAGACGGUAAUCCAUUACAAGCUCCACCACAACCAACCGAAAUUUAG